AUGGACAAGCAUAAACAGGCAUGGACAGCCGGGUCGUUGUGCCCCGGGUGGGCCGCUGUGCCCUACUCUCCCCUAUGCUUUUUUCGGUUUUAUGUUAUUCUACCUUUGAGAACUGCAGAUAAUUACAACGGUCACGAAAUUCUGUUUAACAAUUUACGAUUUAUUUACAGUCUAAAACGUGAUGAGCAUAUCACACCUUAUAGACGUGAAUUAGUUUGA